CCCCGCCGCAGUGCGCAUGAGCGGGUCGGCGGCGGAAGGCAGGGCCCGCGAGGAGGAGCCCCGGGAGCCGCCGCCGCCGCCGCCGCCACCGACCCUCCUCCCGCCUCCUCAGUGUCCGCCUCAGCCGGCCCGGGAGGGGAGAGAGGCCCGCGCGCAGCCCCCACCAUGGUGAGGCCCUUCGGCCCCGGCAGGGAGGGAGAGCGGGCGGAGGGAGGAAGCGCCGCCAUCGCCUGGCAACGCGGGGCCUAGUCGGGGGUGGGGGGGGAGAGAGAGAGAGACAGUCGGGGGGUGCAAGGGUUGGGGGGGGCGGCCUCGGCGCCGGUGAGAAGCAGCCCGGCCCUCACCCAGUUCCCACAAGCCGCCUAUGCUGAGAGGGUGGGGGGCUUUGAGAUAUAGGGGCUGGGGUCGGCCCUUGUGUGGAAAUCCACCCCCCACCCCCCUCAGGGAGCUGAAGUGGGGGUGGGGGUGGGAUUUGGGGGUGCCCCGUUGGGGUGUAUGGAGGGGCUCCAAAGGGUUUGCGUGUGGCUGGGCUUCAGGGGUUUCUGUAUAUGAUGUGUCAGGAAGGUUUAGGGUUAUUUUUCUCUUCUCCCCCCCCCCCAAAAAAAAACACUUUGGAGGACUGGUGGGGUAACUGGUAGGGGGAGAAAAACCCCCUGGGCAUAUGGGUGCUGCUUGAUCUUGGGUGCCUGGGCCUCCUCUUCCUUGUUUCGUUUUUUUCUUUUUCCUUUUCCCUCUAUCUCUCUCUCCAACCUGGGGGAAGCAUCUCUCUCCCUCUCUCUCUUUGCAUGCUGCACCUAUCUCUGUUUGCAGUUGCGUUUUGUGCAGACACCUCUUUUGUUGCGGUGUGUGUGUGCACGUGUGCAUGCAAGCAGGCGGGUACUCCAGAGAGGGUUAGCUGGGGUUAGCCUGGUUUCAGCAGAAGCUCCCCCAAGUGCCUCGUGGCACCUCAAAAGACAGUUUUAAACCCUGUGAAAGCAUCCGUGGGCAGCAGCAGCAGCUGCAUGGUGGUUGUCCUUAACUGGCAGUAGGGGUGGCAUCCUGGCACUUUGUCCUCCAGCUUUGCCUUGUGGCAGGCAUUGUUAAAUCUGCAGCACGUCAUGAGGCUGGUGCCCAGGAGUUGCCGCUCAGUACAGGACAGGACCUGGAAGAGAAAGUGGAGGAAAUGUGCAUGUUGCCCUCUGCGGCCCCCAGCCAAAAACUGCUUCAGAGUGACAUAAAUGACCUAUGGAAAGGCCCAUUUUGCCAAUGGACAGCUCCAUAACCCAGCGGUUGCUCACUUGCAACAACUGGCCGCCUGAUAGAAGCUCAGACAAAGGGGCUGAGCCCUGCUAUGAACCCAGAUGCCAACUCUGCUCCUGUAUUGUGUCAGGUGGUGCUAUUGCAGGACCUAGCGCCAGUAAUUCCCCUUAGGGGCUUGCUUGGUUGCUUGCUUGCUCAUCCUGCGAUGUGAAUGUGCCAUCACCUCUCAUUAAUGCCUUUUUGUUAUUCACGUCAAAGAAACAGGUAGAUGCCAAAAAAAGGGGGAAAUAGAGACAGAAGGAAAAACGAUACUGAAAAAUGGAAGUGUUCAGAAGGUAGUGGGAGAGAAUCUAUUGCUCACCUCAAAAUCGCCACAUUUCAACAGAAGACUCCAAAGUGAGGCUCCGGUUUGAAAUUGAUGCACUACAGUUUAUGAGCAAAUUCGGUUCAGGUUGAUUUAAGCUUGACUGGACUACAGUUUUUCUUCCCACUCCAGAUGUUAAAUUAGCAUAGUGCACCUCGAAAGAUAUUGAAUAGUACCACCACUGACUGCUGUUGUGAACAGUUUGCAAACCUGUUGCUAUGCUGUCACUUGGAUAUCAUGACUUUUUGACCUGUGUGUGUGUGUGUGAGAAUGAUUGCAUCCCAUGCUGUCCUUCUGUUCUUUGCAGUCCCCCUGUGCCAGUGUUCAUGCUAUUUAGAGGAGUGGGAUAUGCAGAGGCAGCACAGGGAAGGGGGGAUUCCCCCCCCAAUGCCUUCUUACCUCUUUCAUUCACAGAAAGCUUUACUGAAUCAAAAAGCUUUCCAUGAAUGGAAGGACAACAUUGGAUACAUACUAUAUACUAUAUAUAUCUGAGGAAUAAUCUCAGGUAACUGCUGAGUAAUCUUUUAUGCAUCUGUUGGAAUGAGAUCCAGUUCACAAAAGCUUAAGACCAUAGAAAUCUGUUAGUCUUUAAAAUGCCACAAGACUGCUUGUGAAUGCAUAUUUCAUUUAUGUUUCUCUGUGUUACACAUUUUUUCUUGCUUAUGAGGCAAGGAAACCAUAUCAACCAUAUUUAUUCAGAUGUAAUCCCCUCUUAUUUCAUGGGGAAAGCAUUUUAAGAUGACAAUCAUAUGCACACUUACUUUAGGAGUCUGUCUCAUUUAGAUUGGUAGCUCUUACUUCCAGGUUGUUGUUGUUGCUGCUAUUAUUUAUUAAAUUUAAAUACUGCCGUUCAUCCGAGGAUCACAGGGCAGCUUCAGAUCUGUUUGUUAGAAUAGGGUUGUAAGGUGCAGUCAUCCGUAUUUACCUUUUAGGCUAGAUUUUAAACAUCAUGCUGAAAGGCUUCAGUUUCCAUACCAUUUUUUAUUUUUUUUGCCAUUAGAAAUCCUUACUAAAAGGCAAGCAGAAGAGGAAUAGAUUUAAAAAAAUGAUUUUCUAGGUAAAAUUAUUUUUCAAAAUUUUUUCAAGUUAAUGGGAUUGUUCCAUAGUAAGUCGUUUGAAAAUUGUAACCACGGUAAUUUAGUUUACAUAAAUUUAGUUGAUUAGUGGGCUUCUGAGGUUCUUUCAGGUACUUUAGCCUGUUAAGCGGUUUGAGAACUUCUAACUACUGGCUUCCUCUGCCACAUUGCACAGGCUUCAGGAAAACAUCAUGCAAGAUUCUUCAGGAAAUACAGUGAGUGUACCGAGGCUCCUGAACUACUCAAGGUGCUUUGAGUGCAUUUAACUUUGGCCUCACAGCACACACACCCAGGAUGUUUUCUCCUUAAAACUAAUUUAUUGCCUUUGCACAAAUCAACACCCAACUUCCUGUGAGGAGACUAACACAAUGGAGCACUUAUCCAGUCUAAAUAUAAGCUGUGGCAAGGCAUAUUUAUACUGUAAUAAGUUUCUCAAGAGGUGUGGGACACCUUCCUCUCUCUAUAAAUAGUUGGGCUAAAGAACUAGAAAAUGAUUGGAUAUGUCAUCUGGACUUGAAAUGUUUGGAUAUAUAAUUAGGUUCCAAGUUUGUUCUUGCUAUCAUAAGUUGGUGUUCUUCAGUAAAUGUGGGCCAGUAAAUUGAAGCUGAAUCUUGAAAAAAUAGAGGUGCUGUUCUGCGUUCCGAGUUCUUGAGUGUGGAAGAUGGAAAGAUGGCCUAUUUUUGAUGGGAUUGCAGUCACCUGAAAGGUGCAGAUCUGUAGCUUGGGGGUGUUCCUGGAUCUAACACUGUCACUGGAGGCUCAGAUGUGCCUUUUUCCAACUCUGACUGUUUUGUCCCUCAUGGAUAGAGAUGACUUGGCCACUCUAUUGCACCUUCUGGUAACCUCUGGAUUAUACUGUUGCAAUGCAUUUUACUUCAGGCAGCCCUUGAAAACAAUUUAGAAACUUUAGCUGGUUCAAAAUGUGGCAACCAGAUUACUGGCCAGGGUUCCUCUUAGAUGUCAUAUAAACCCUAUUUUAAAACAGCUGCACUGGUUGCCAGUGUGUGAAUUAGGCCCCAGAUAUAUGAAUGAGAAUAUAUAUAUAUAUAUAUAUAUAUACACACACACACACACAUACACACAUAUAUAUAUAUACACACACACACACACACAGUCAUACCUCGGGAUAAAUACGCUUCAGGAUAAGUAUUUUUGGGUCGCGCUCCGUGGCGACCCGGAAGUAACAGAGUACAUUACUUCCGGGUUUCGCCACUCACGCAUGCACAGAUGGCCAAAAUGAUGUCACGCAUGCGCAGAAGUGGCGACACGCGCAGACGCGCUGUCGCGUCUUACGUUCCGUUCGGGAUGCGAAUGGGGCUCCGGAACAGAUCCCGUUUGCAUCCCAAGGUACCACUGUGUAUGUGUGUGUACACACACACACACACACACACACACACACACUGCCUUCAUCCAGAGGGGCUUUUCUUGGUAGUUUCACCGCCCUCAGGAUUGAGAGGAAUGGCAGCCCAGGGAAGGACUUUCUUUGUAGCAGCCCCCAAAUUGGGGAACUCCUUUUGCACAGAGGUUAUGUUCUGGGGUUGGUGCAUAGAUAUAAACGCACAUGAACAGUCUUACCUUCUGGAGCCAGUGUGCCAAAUGGUCUUUGCCCUCAAGCAGGGCAGAGAGCUUUAAAACUCCCACUCUCUGGUUGGCUUUUACAAGAUCUUGUGGGGCCAUUGGAGAUCUUGCGAGAGCCUCCCAGAGCGUUGUAAGAAAACCAGAGAGCUUAAAAGUUCAUUCUGGCAUCAGCCCAGUGCCAUAUAGGCACAUCAGCAACAGCAGUUUGGUCGCAGUAUGGGGGCGAUGAUUACUGCUCUGUUGUCCUCAACACCUGCUCAUGAUACUGCGUUUUGGGAUUGCUCACUGAUAUUUAAAGAAAUGUAGCUCCAUUGAAAGUGUUUCACAGGUACUGAAGUGCUGAGUGACAUGGAGUUGCUGUUCAAAACGGCACUGUCCUUUCUCCCUUGUAACCUGCCACAUCAUAAUGUCGGCAUGCAACACAUUUCUCUGCCUGCGCUCCACCCCUUAAAUGACAGGGAUGGGGAAAUACACAACACAGUGACAUCACAACAUGGCUAAGUGCUGAUGAACACUAUUGUGGGGAGUGGAGUGGAGAGACUUUAACAGGGAGGUUCUUUCUUUCUUUCUUUCUUCCUUCUUUUUUUAACAGCAACACACCUGUUAUAUCUAGUUCCACUCCAAGAAGUUUCCUUAAGCGUGUUGAGGUAGCACGCCAAAAUGUCACUUCCUUAAAGCUGUGCUAAGGUGCCUUAUGCCCAUUGUUGAGGGCUAAGAGUUCCCAGCCUCACUGAACAGCCAGCAAGUAGGUUGUGCUCCUUUAUCUUAUCACAUGUUUGUCAAAGGGAAAAAGUAAACAACCUGCCAUUUUUUAAAUUUGUGUAGACAGAAUUAUGGAAUUGUAUUUUUCAACUUCCUUUGUUUAAAUUUGCUGUGGCUGGGAUGCAACGUUUGUUUGUUUGUUUAUUAAACUUGUAUACUUUGUUGUAUGCAUGUUUGUCUUGUUAGCCAACUUGAAUAUUUAUUGAUAAAAAAGCAAGGGAGAAUCUCUUCAAAUAAACAAACAAUACAAGAUAGAAACACUGUAAUUGUUUUUUAUGUACAGAAGCAAUUAAAAUAGGAAUGCCUAUAAAUAAACUUGUAAUAUAGCAUCUUUGUAUAAGCUGAGAGGCAUGAAUAGAAAUUCAGUGAAGCUAUAUUCUGUUUGUACCAUUUGUGGCUUUUAUACUUGCCUUCUUAAGCCAGGGGGAAAUAGGUAACCAUAGAUAGAUGUGGAUUCUUAUCACAGUCGUAAUGUCUGAAACCACUUGCUUUAUCAUGUGACUGUUUGGUGUAGUUUCUCCAUCAGAUGAUGCUAUCGUAUGGCCUUGUUUACUGGCUAUGAAUCUCCAUUAGUCAGGAAGCCAAAUUAAUUGUUGUGAUAAUGGAGCAAAUACACCAACAAUUUGCAAUACUGAAGAUUGUGGCAGGCUGUUAGCAAUAAGGCUUCAGGGAAGGUAUAGGCUGUGAUCUAAAGGGACAUACGCAUAUGCCUCCUGCAUGCUCCUGCAUUUUUGCAUUUUCAUUGCAACCUCACAUAGCUCUUCUACAACACUUCUUCCCCAAGUUCAGCCAGUAGUUUGGGGGAUUUGGUGUGAGAACAGUUUAUAGGAAACCUGCCAGUAGUGUCUGCGUAGUGUUUGAAACCUGUUGUGCAGGUUUCCCUUCUAACCACUCUCCUGGAAACUGAUAUAUUUGGAUGCAUGUGUGUCUCUUUGUGUCACAGCUGUUGUCCCCUCCUAAGCCCUGUAAUGUGCUUUCUGUGGAACAUUUAGAGCCGUGGUUCUCAACCUGUGGGUCCCCUGAUGUUGUCAGACUACAACUCCCAUCAUUCCUAGCCAGCAUGACCAGUGGUCAGGGAUUAUGGGAGUUGUAGUCCAACAACAUCAGGAGACCCACAGGUUGAAAACCACUGGUUUAAAGGAUCUGCCAUGAGUGUUUCUGUGGCUGCUACAUCCUCCCUAUCACAAAAGAGCAGGACACAUCCAUGAGCCAAGUUGCUGGUUGUCUCAAGUAGAAAGGAGAGCCAUCACACAAUGUUUUAUCCUUGAUUCUGUUGCAUAGCUUGUUUGUUGAACUUGUGAGCUGCUUUGGGCACCAUUGAGCUUGGAAUUAAAUUCUUAAUUAGAAGGAGUUGAACACUACAGGUAGACUUUCUGUAUGUCCACCUUAAUUCUCUAUCAGGUACCAUUCACUUGAGGAAAGUGGCCCUUUUGAGCUACAGGUUGAAGUUGGAUAUUCCUCCUCAGGUAAGCACACGGGAGAUCUCACUGUUCUUGUGUUUUCUGAUACUUUUCUAGAACAAGCUGAAGUCAUCACAGAAAGAUAAAGUUCGACAGUUUAUGAUCUUCACACAGUCCAGCGAAAAGACCGCAGUGAAUUGCCUGUCUCAGAAUGACUGGAAGCUAGAUGUUGCAACAGAUAACUUUUUCCAAAAUCCUGAACUGUAUAUACGAGAAAAUGUUAAAGGAUCAUUGGACAGAAAGAAGUUAGAACAGCUAUAUAAUAGAUAUAAAGGUAAGUAUAGUGCAGUUUUUCUUUUUCUUUUAAAAAGGUGUGUUAAAUGCAUCAUUUUGCUGGCAAUAGAUUCCAUUUGGAAUCCAGGCCAGAAACUUGAGUUUCAGCUGUGGCCAGAACAGACCAAGAACGCAGUGCCCUAUAAGCAUUACAACAAAGGCUACCCUUUAUUUAUGACAUUUUUAUCCCACCCUUCCUCUAGGCAGCUCAGGGUGGGAAACAUUCCCCCACCAUCCCACAUUGUAUCCUUGCAACAACCAUGUGAGGUGGCUUAGACUGAGAGAUGGUUAAAGGGUCUUAAGGUGAGCGUCAUGGCUGAAAGUAGAUCUGGACCUGGGUCUUCCUUCUGAUUGCUACACAGAUGCUCGUUCUUGCCGUCAUGCUGCUAGACUUACUGGCAGAGCAUCUGGGUUGCCCAGUUUGUUCUCAUCCUCCCAGGCAAUCAUUUGUCAAGCCAUCUCAUCAACCCUGAGACACAGGAAAGCCUUCCUUUUCCUUCUCCCGAGAAUCUUUUGUGCUGGACUGCAUUUUAACUCCUCUUCACAGAGGUAAAAUCCAGUCCUUCAGGGAGCACAUUGGGUUGAGUCAUGCUCUCUUUCUUGAAAUGGGAAUAAGUGACCCACCUUCCAAUGCAAUUGUGAUUGCAGGUAAGAUGAGGUUUGCAGAGGGAACACACUUAAAACAGUGCAUAAAAGUGAAUGCUAUGUAGCAGCUGACAGCAUUUAAUGGCCUUAGGAAGCAGGUUCUUGAACGAGUGCUUGGCCGCCAUACCUUUUAUUAGAAAUGGUUUCAGAAAGACGGAGACUUCCAUUCAUUUUAUUUUGUUUCUCUCUUAUACUCCAAGAUCCUCAAGAUGAGAAUAAAAUUGGCAUAGAUGGCAUACAGCAGUUUUGUGAUGACCUUGCGCUUGACCCUGCCAGUAUUAGUGUAUUGAUCAUUGCCUGGAAGUUCAGAGCUGCGACGCAAUGUGAAUUUUUAAAAACGGAAUUCAUGGAUGGGAUGACAGAACUAGGGUAAGUGCUCAACAACUCUAUGAAAGUAGGCGGGCCAUGCUAUUCUGUGCAUGGAAAGGUUUGUACUUCCAUGCUUGAAGCAGAAUCUUACGUAACUCAGGAAGAGCCAUUCAAACUCUUAUCUGGUGGAGGAAUUUGUAUUAUGUGUUUGUGUCUCUAUGAAUGAACACAAUUUAUUUCGCACACACUUGAUUUCCCAGUGCCAGCCUCAGGUGCAGCUUUGCCAUAGCAUCUCUGGGCUCCUUUCAAUGCCAUGCAAAGGGCUCCUGGCAGCUCCCUCAGUCCCCACGAAGCUCCUAGGAAAUCAUACAUACUGCUACUUUCAACUCAGUAACAAUAUAGGUCAGGGCCAUACGCUGAAAUUUAAAACAAAAUGCUCCAUGCAAAUCUUCAGCUACAAGGCAUUCAGACUAUCUGAUACAUACAUUUGCUCAGCGUUUUGUCUUCUAAAUGCCAAUAAGCAUGUCGAUGCAAGGUUCGAUUGAGGUAUGAGGGAGCACAGAUGGUGUAUUUGAGCAUGGCAUUCUUUGCGCUCCUGAUAAUGCAUUUCUUUGAGACCUUGUCUGUUCACAAGAACAACUCACCAUCUGCCAGAUUGUUGAGAUUAAACAGCCUGUUUUCAAAUGUUGCCCCUUCCCAGCUGUGGUAUUUUGCUUGAUUCUUCUUUGAUGGUGUUUGCCGCUGUAAUCGUAUUCAUAGAUUUGAACAGAAGAGGAGCUGGUGCCCAAAGGGGGUUUCUUGAAUUUCUUGGAGAGGUGGCCCCAGCCUCUGCCUCCCAGGAAAGUUCCACAAAUGUGUUGGUGAUAAUGUAUUUUCAGCACCGCUUAAUAGAAAAGAGAGCUUCAGGAAUGAUCAGACUAUAUAUAUGUGACAUUCCUUUUUUUUUGUUAAAGCAACUAUUUAGUAAUGCCAUUUUACAAAGUAUUUAGAACAUGAUCCUAAACUAAUGCACAGGUAAACUUUUGUGUUUGUUUGUUUUUUAAACCAAACCACUAAACCCAACAACAGAUGUGACAGCAUAGAAAAACUAAAGGCCCAGCUUCCAAAAAUGGAACAAGAAUUGAAAGAGCCAGGAAGAUUUAAGGAUUUUUAUCAGUUUACCUUCAACUUCGCAAAGAAUCCGGGACAAAAAGGUUUAGGUAUGUAUGCCAAUAUUUCCUUGUACAAGUCAGGGUCCAUUAUUGGGCUACAGCUGAAUGUGAUGAGAGGAAACACCCCUUGCCUCCAAAGUGGUGUUUACACGUUGAGAUUACCUCAGUACACUUCCCUAAGCAAACGUAUCUUCUUGGAAAAGUGUCCUGAUACGUUGGCAUGCUUGCGCACUGGAGGACUGACGAUAAGUUUGGUGCGUUCAGUAGUGUUUCUAAGUUCUCUUUUCCAAAAGCAUUUUCAAUUGACAAGGAAUUGUAAGAAUUAUAACAAAUAAGCUGUAUUUGAAACUUGGUAUAGUUUAGGAGGGACGCAGGUGGCACUGUGGCCUAGGACUUGCCGAUCAGAAGGUCGGCGGUUCGAAUCCACGUGACGGGGUGAGCUCCCGCUGCUCGGUCCCUGCUCCUGCCAACCUAGCAGUUCGAAAGCACGUCAAAGUGCAAGUAGAUAAAUAGGUACUGCUCUGGCGGGAAGGUAAACGGCGUUUCCGUGUGCUGCUCUGGUUCGCCAGAAGCGCCUUUGUCAUGCUGGCCACAUGACCCGGAAGCUGUAUGUUGGCUCCCUCAGCCAAUAAAGCGCGAUGAGCGCCGCAACCCCAGAGUCGGUCAUGACUGGACCUAAUGGUCAGGGGUCCCUUUACCCUUUAUAGUUUAGGAAGCAAUCUUUGUCACAGCGUGCAAAGCUGUCCAGGGGGAGGGAGGGAGAAGGUGAUGCCGCAUUGAACAUGGGCAAACUCCUGCCUGCACGCUGCCUUUAAUAUCUUGGGGAAAGGGCGGAUACCCAGGAUCAUGACUGGGAAGCCUUGGGCCUUCCGGAUGUGGCUGGACUACAACUUCCAUCAUCCCUGACCAUUGGCCAGGCUGGCUGGGACAAACAGGAAUUGGAGCCCAACCACAUCUGGAGAACCACUCAUUCCCCAGCCCAAGAUCCCGAAACACUCUUAAAUGUUACUGUACUAAGAGAGUGUUCUUUGCAACCCUCACUUUUACUGUGCAAUUCCCGAACAGGUGUGUCUGGACAAGCGGGGAGGGGGAAAGCCUCAAUUACUUAUUUAAUUACCCGUUUUCUUUAAUGUUGCAGACUUAGAAAUGGCCAUCGCCUACUGGAAUUUAGUACUUCAUGGACGAUUUAAAUUCCUAGACUUGUGGAACAAAUUUUUAUUGGUAAGCGCAAGUAUGGAUUGCCUCAUUAGUAAUGACUAAGUGCCCAGUUCUGGGAGGUUCUGCAGCCUGACUCUUCCCUACGGGACCCAGAUCAACAAUCUUUGCGGCACGUGGCAUUGGUCAGCAGCUAGUGGCCCACCACCCAAAUCCACACUGUAGAUAACCGGCAGCUUUCCUUGCCCCAAAACCUUGUUUGAUUUUAAAACUUGAAGAAAGAGGGUGUUGGGAUGACAACCAGAAGCAGAAAUCCCAAAUGGCAUUCUUUUAAAAAAGGAUUAUUUUGGAUAUCUCUUACAGAAUUAUUUUGGGGGUUCCCCCCGACCCAUCAUGGUUCUAAAGCCUGUGGGACUUGCAGCUGUGUAAGGCACCUGACUGGCUUUGCUGCAAAAACGGGCCUGUAUGGUGGGCUGUGCUUGACUUCACAGGUCAUAUGUGAACAUGCAGUGGUGCUGCAGGUUUUGUAUCUUGAGCCACUAGCCCAGUCUGUUCUUAUUGGCAGUAGCUCCCUAUGAACAGGAUUCAUAGCCAGUCCUAAGGGCCUCUCAGCUGGAGAUUGAAGCUGGGACAUUCUGCACACUCUUGCAUUAGACAAAGCCUUUCCUCUGGCCCUUCCAGGGUUGUCAUGUGUAGCUAAUGCUUUUCACACUCUGAUUUCCCUCAAAACAGGAACAUCAUAAAAGAUCUAUACCAAAGGACACUUGGAACCUUCUUCUAGACUUCAGCGCGAUGAUCGCAGAUGAUAUGUCGAAUUAUGACGAGGAAGGUAAAGUUGCUAUUUGUUCCUCUUGGGGCACUUUGGCCUGUGUGGAGUGCUCUGUCCCCAAGAAGCUUCUCUCCUUAAGUGAUCCUGCUUUUGCCCUGGACCUUCUGUAUUUUCUUGUUGGCUUCCCCUCCUACUAUAAUUUUCAAUUUGUUGGAAAUCCCUGAUAUCAUAAGGGGCACAGUGGGUAUUAAAACAGUUUCUGGAAAAGUAAAGCCGCUCAUUUCUUGCGUAUACCGAGCUGAAUCCAGGACUUGAACAAUUCUAGUCAUUGCCAUCCUCAUAGUGACCACGAAUCUAAUUCUGGCAAGCCAGCCUCUCCACAGCAAGGAACACCUGUUGUUGUUUCCACUAUUGAGUUGCUUCUCCUCUUACGCUGCUCAGUUGGGUUGCCAGGUUGGCUCCCGCACCACUGAAUCUGCCACACCUCCGUGUCUGAUUGGCUGAAGUAGCAACCAUGUGUGACUUCCCUUUCUGCCUGCCCUUGAAUGUUUUGCUCAGCUCCCCAGACUUGCUCUCUUCACGUCCCUUGGGUGCGAACGAGGAGCUGCCUGUUUCUGCAUGAGGGGAAAACCAAGAUGGCGGGGCGAAAGACAGUUCUUAGCUGUGUACAGCAGGGGUGGGGGAUCUUGUUCAGUUUGAGGGCUGCCUUUCCUUCUUAGCCACCUUCCUUCCAGGGGCCAUUUGGCAGUAGUGGGUGGGACCCGAUGUAGAUGCAGAUGGAACAAUGAAGGUGAACUGUACCUUCAUUUGGUGGGCAAGCUCCUGCACAUGCUCUCCCCUCCGGCCAGGCAAACGAGGCAUUUUCAGAACACAAUCCAGCCAGGAGUAACACCCCAUGAAAGAAGCGAAGUAGGACAAUGGGUGGUGGUUCGGAGAGACUCUCAUGGAUCAGAUAGAGAGGCUUGGAGCAUCUCUAUAAAGAGGAGUGCAGAAAACAAGGGGGGAACAAGCCUUGUAAACUUCUCUUUUGUGCUGUGCAGGGGUAAGGCUGCACUUGCAUGGCGGGGAGCAAACGGCACUCUGCCCACAUUUCAAAGCUUUUUAAAUAUAACCCUGCUGGCCCAUUGCUUGAUCCAAAGAUCUCCUUCUGCAGCAGGGUGCUGUGUGUGGCUCUGUGAAUGCUAAUCUUUCUUUUCUUUUUUUAAAUUGUAUAAAAAAAACCCAAAAUUAGCAUAUCCAAGAAAAAAACUUAGCAUUCCAUCUUAUAGAACCUUGUAUAAAGUUUUCUGACUAAUUGCUCUCACUUUUUAAAAAGUUUGUGUUCAAAUCCUGUCCCAGGAUUAAAAAAAUUAAGAUUAUUUAAUUAUUAUUAAAUGAUGAAAAUAAAAAUACUGGCCAAAAUUGAAGGGCUGUUCUGAGGUAACAAGGCAUGGGAAGAGCUUGGAACGCAUAAAGUGCUAAAUAUUUUCUGGUGACAUUUUCUUGUAACAGCUAGGGGGGCAAAUUAUAGUCUCCAACUCUUCAGAUAAGGCAUUCUGCAAGCUUAAUAAUUCCACCCCUCUCCCUUUUUCUUCCAGGGGCAUGGCCUGUUCUUAUUGACGACUUCGUGGAAUUUGCACGCCCUCAAAUUGCUGGAAUAAAAAGUACGACAGUGUAGUGCUAAAUGAACCUUCUAGAAUGUACAUAGUCUGUACAAAAUAAACAACAUGGGGGAAAAUUGCACAGUCAAUUUCUGCUGACUGACUGAACAGGACUGAAGACCAAUCCUCAAGAAAUAAAGGCUGGGGGUUGAGUCAAACCUUUAAGGAUCUACUUUGGACCAUAUCAGACGAUGGGUGGUUUGGGCUUCUCAUCUAGCCUGGGCCAGCCUUGCCCAUUUGAAAACUCCAGCAUUGUGGAUAUCAUUCUUUUUCUUUUUUAAAAAAUGAAGCACCCUAAUCCUUUCCAUAAAUCUUAAAAUGCUUUUUGGAUUUUUUUUUUUUUAAUUUCUUGUUCCUCCUAAAGGCACAUGCUGUCUUCACCAAGCAAAAUCUUUUGACGUAAUAAUUUCACAGAUCAGCAUCGCAAUCUGUUUCAGAAAAGCUUCAAGUAGCACACCUUUGGGCUAGCUGCAAAGACUUUGCUGAGAAUAUCCUAAAAGAGUGAUUCGUUGGAUCUGGUUCCGUACGGUCCGUUCACAGCUAUUGUCUAUGUGAGUGGCAAGGGGUUUCUUUGCUUUGCUCUGGCAAAAGGUCUGGGCUUUUCUGCCCGCCAAUAUCGGGCUAUCCAGCUAUGUAGGUGCUUGACUGAAGUUCUGUUGUGUCUAAUAGUGAAUGCUGCUGAAACGCAGGACAGAUACGGCGCUCAACAGUAUCCAUAUUUUAAUAAUCUAGUCGGAAACACUGGGUGCCUAAUGUUGAAAGGUGAACCAUCCUUUAGGGCCCCGAUCCUCAGUAGCUGGGCCAUGUGAAUCUUGCUAAGUCUCUGCCUCUUGCUUCUUGCUGUCCCCCCUGCCAACACUUGGUGGCUUCCCUUGUCUGCCAGCACUCCAGCCUUGACCACCGCGUUUCUUUGCAAUGCCAUGCAUGCAGAGAGAAAGAGGCAGGGCCUGGAAUACCUGUGCCCACCUAAAUUAGUGAUACCCUCUCCACCACCACGCCCUCAGUAGACUGUCUUGCAGCUAACUUGGAUGACACCAUUCCAGGGCGGCAGGGGUGUCCACCUUCUUCAGGGAAUUGGGGCACUUACUAUUACCCCUCAAUCCUUGGGGCAAAGUAUCAUGGGUCAUGUUAUUUCUAACUUCCAAGAGUGGGGUCGAGUUUUCCGAUAGAAAGACCAGCAGGAUUCAUCCUAGAAUGUGGGUGAUAAGUUGCUCACAACUGCUCUUAGUUACCCAAUAAAUUUUUUUGUAGCAUCUCUUUGUCCAGGAAAUCUUUCCCGCCCCCAUUAACUUCUACUGAAAUGUUAUAACUUGAAUACAGUACUGAAUUUAUAAUGUUUGCUACACGAUACAUAUAAUCCUUGAUUAGGGCCAACAGAGGUUUUUGAUCGUGGGUAUAACAAUGAGUGUGAUAUGCAUUUUCUUCUAUACUUGAUGGUUUGAGCCAUUAAUACAAAAUUUUUAUGGUGUUAGCGGUACUGACAUUAUGGUCCACGCCCUUCAUUGGUGACAGGCAACUUACCAUAUUAACCGCAAAUCGCUGUGGUUGUCAAAACAGAGGGAUCCCUACUGCGAGCAAAAGUUCUGCCAGGCUCUAGCACAUAGACACCUUGAGCAAGCAGGAACGCCUCAAUUCAUUUUUGCAAUCGUGGCCACAGAAAUCCCUGCGUGAGGUUAUUGCUCGCCCAAGAGCUCUCCUGCUUAAGUGAAGCCUUUGUGUGAGCUCCAGACUUGCUGGGUUCACAAGUUUAUCUUUCCCAAGCAAGUACAUAGUAUAACUAGCAUAAUCCGGCCAAAUAGGUUAAGCACUAUUAGUGGGAGAGUCUUAAGUGUAUCGUUGACUCUUUAGUGGUGCUUAACUUUGGCUGGGUCAGGCGAAAGAAAUGUUUUGCUUAACCAUGGUGAAGAAACUGGGAGUGCGCUUUGGGCUCAUGAACCCCUCUUCCCUUUUAGCCGUGUGUAGCAAUCCCAUCUCCCCAAUGCUUUUAAGAUAGAGUUUGAAACUUAAGUGAAGGAGCUAGUUUGCAUACCUUGGUUAAAGUUGACUACAGUAUUGAUCUUGGUUCAAGUGCCACACUAAACAUGGUUAAUAAAAGGAAUGGGGAGAGAUCUGGCAUGGGAGAGAAUUAGUGGGAGCCCCUGGGAUCUCCCAGUCUUCCCCAGUGCCUAAGCAACGGGGAAACUUUUGCAUCUGAACUAGGCUCCACUGCACUUCAUCUGCUUCUACACUUGUGUCCAGUUCACAGAGUCUGGCUUAUCCUUUUGAGCCAUGGCUUUAGUCCUUGUGUUUUAACAUGGCAAAAGCAGCACUUGAAACGCCUUCUGGCUAUAAUGUCAUGUAACUUCACGAGCGAUACUAAGCUGUUUUCUGGAAAUCAUUUCGCAGAGGAAACAUGAGUUGUUUUCCCCAUCCGAUAUUAGAAGUCCUUUUCUAAUCUUUUAAAAAAGGAAAAGUUCAGGCUUGGCAUAUUGUGUCCUAUCUCAUUUAUCCAUAAAAUUAGAAAGAAAGAAAGAAAACACUUAUGCACAUGCUAAAUAAUUUUAGGGAAAAUACUUGAGUAUUAAAUUGCUUUAUCUUUUUUAAAACCUGUAUGAAGUUGUGAGAAAGGGGCUUCCCUUUUUCCCAGCUGUGCCCUUUUGGUAAAGCUCAGUCUUGUGUUAAUUUAAGAAAACCAUUAGAUAAAAAUUGGGAAUCCCUUCUUCAGAAGCCAGAGUUGGCAAAGUCAAAUAUAUUGCUUUACUGCUUGCAUUGUUUCUUUUCUCUCUCUCGUGUAAAUAUCAGUGGAGACUUGAAUUAUGAAAACUACAAGGUGUGUGUGUGCUGUUUUCGGUCUUAAGAAAAUUUGGGUACAGUUUUUUCAGAAUGAGUCAUUGAUGUAUGUAUGCUGUGUAUUUUUUGUGUUUUGGUGUUCUUUUCCCCCCCAAAUGAGAUGUACUUAACUCUGUCCCUGUGGAGAAGGUUGGGGCAUAAAUGCUGUGCUGUUUUUUGUUUCUUUUUAAAGAUAAUUCCUUUUGCAAUGUUGAGGCCUUUUCAACAAAAUGGAUUUUGCCAUCAGUUUGGUACUACACAAUUUAUAAUUACUGUGUAAUUAUAAAACUGCAUUACAUAAAGCAUUGCUGUCUUAAGUAGCAGAGAAACUAAGGUUAUUUGUGUGAUCGCCUCUCUGAAUUUUAAGAAGAGUGUUCAGUUCAACAGGCACAAACUGGUCAAAUUUUCUUUUCAGUGGGAAGUGUGCUAUCAAAUCAGCGCUUGGUUGGAUUGUGUCCAGUGGCAAGAGAUGUUUGGCUUAUUGUUGGCUUGCUUCUGAAUGUAAAUGCCCAGCUCUUCGAGAGACUGAAAAAUGCCCAAACUUUAUGCCCAUUUGUAUGUGUGUGUUGAUUUUUUUAAAAAAAAUAAUUAAAAGUUGUGAACUUUUUGGGUUGAUAGUAUUCAUAAAAUCAACCCACUCUUCAACUUGGCAGUAAUCUUCCCCUUCACAAAUCACUUUCUUUUGCCAAAUAUUAGAAAAAGUGAACGCUUAAACAAAAUUCAAACCCUCGUAUUUGAUCUUUUUAUAUAUAUAUAUAUACCAAUAUGUAGAAUUAGAAAUACCUUGCUACAUGAAAAUAUUUGGGAAUCAAGGCUUUUAUUUCAGUCACGUGAUCAGAAUCUGUAAGUUAAAUUGUAACUACCUAGAAAAAUCCCUCCGACAGACCAGAGGCAAUAAAGUUCCGGCCCAGUUGUCAUGGUGAACCUUUCUCAUGAAUUUUGUUGUUUAAAAAAACAAUCCCAAACUUGAUGCAUUCUAAAAAAAUUUUUUAAAGCAAAAGCAACUCAUGGCAAGGAAUGAGAAAGCAGAACCUUGCUAACAGCCUCCUGUUUGCCAUGACACACCACGACUUUCUGGUUGCACAGUGGAGGGGUUUUUAUUCCCAGCCAUGGCACAUUGCUUUGAGAUUACUUGGGGCGGGUGGGGGAGAGAGACUGAGGAACCUCCAUGUUUAAUGUGGUUGGUCCAAAAGCUACAGCAUUUGUCUCUUGAUCAACCUGUUAAAUAAAGUAACUUAUUUCUUAAAACUGUUCUCUGAUGAAAAUCCAUUUGAAUAAGUUAAAAGACGAUUCAUAUAGCUUUAAAAGCUUUAAGGUGACUUUUCUUAUGGGUCUUGUUUUCAAAAUGUGAUGGGAAUUUCCAGAGGGCUCUCUUGAGCAAGAGGAGCAGGUUAACUUAGGAACGUUUUACAG